AUGAAGAAGUAUGUUUUCUCGUUUGCUGCCUCUGAAUUUGUAAAUUUCCGCCUGAUUGAAUUCAAAUCUUUGGCUGAAAUUGGAAAGCUGAAUUAUCGUGUCAGUGAAUCUAAAAAUGACUGGCUAAAACCUUAUAUAGUGAUAGAAAUGGACCAUGAUGAAGCAGUCGUGUCAAUAAUUGAACGUAGUGUUCUAAUUAAGGCUGCUUUUCAUUUAUGGUGUGAAGCAUCAUCACUACCAGAACUGAUUAAACAAGUUAGCAAUCUUCCUGAUGAAUUGGUAGACCCUUAUCUCAACAGUUCUGGUUCAUUCAAACUGGUCUUAAGUUCUGCACAUAAGAAGUUGAAGCAAGAAGAGAAGGUACCUAUAAUAGAAGCUGUUCUUGAUGCACACAAACGAAUUGAUUCUCAAGUAUCUUUAUCUUCACCAGAUCAUCAAAUCAAUAUCCUUCUGGAGUAUACACCUAAAAAUCUUGGAAAGAAUACAAUUAGUUCUGGUGGUUAUUUGUGUCGAUUGUUAUACGGUCGGCUAAUUGGUAGCAGUAUACGAAAGGAUAUGAUUAAAAAUUUCCGUUUAUCGGAACGAACACAUUUAGGCAAUACAACUAUGGAUGUUAGGCUGGCAGCAAUUAUGGCUAAUGUUGGACUUUGUCAAAAAUUCUCCUUAGUAUGGGAUCCUUUUAUUGGAACUGGAACUGGUUCAGAUAUCGAUUAUGCUUUGCUUCAUGGAAUGGGUAUGUCACCAAAAGCUGGUCAAGAAAAACGUUGUGGUGAAACUUUACGAUCAAAUUAUGAACAAUAUAAACUAGAAUCACGUUAUUUGGAUGUUAUAGUGGCCGAUACUGUUUCUUUACACCGAUUAUUACGUGUUCCUUAUGAUGGUUUAUUCGAUGCUGUGAUAACAGAUCCACCAUAUGGAUUCCGUGAACGUAGUUGUCGAGUGGCUGAUCAACCAUUAGAACGUAAACCUACUCUUGUCACCAAAGAUCGACUGGCUGAAAUUAUGGGAAUAACUCAUAUUAGUGAUAUUAUCAAUGAUAAUUGUAAUGGAAAGCAGGAUGAUAGUGAUGAUGAAUCCUUGGUAUUAGUGCCUCACGAUUUACCGCAUUUCCCUCAUAAAGAAGUUUAUCCACUGAAUAAAAUCUACAAAGACUUACUGGAUUUAGCAGCUUAUCUUCUACGUCCUGAAGGACGUUUAGUUUUCUGGUUACCAGUAUUACGAUCAACAUUUAUGGGGCAACUCUCGCUUCCACAUCAUCCUAGUUUCCGUUUGCUUGCUGCCUGUGAACAGACUUUGAACUCCCGUCAUUCAAGGUAUCUUGUAGUAAUGGUAAAACUGAAGAUAGAUGAACAAUCAGAAGAUUAUUUUGCUGCUAAUAAUGUUGAAAGUUUGAUCUUCCCAGCUGUUUAUGCUAAAUAA